AUGUCUCAGAGGAAGCCAACACCCGCCGAGGUCUCCUUAGUUCACCUCAAAAACUGCCUCGUCAAUUUGCCGUCGUCGCUCGUCUCUCUGCUCGUGAAUGUGAAUACUCCCGUUCAAAAUGUCAUCGUCGAGCUCAACUACCGCGACACUGCCGCCGACAAGGCGGCAGGCGCACCUCCCCAAAGAUCUGUGUACCUAGGGUGGACUGGCAUGCCGAGCAAGAGGAAACUGGCUUCCAUAGUCGGUAGAGAUGGUCUUGGUAGCAGCUCAAGAGGUGGCACAGGACUUCGCGAGCAGGAGGUAGCUCUUGUCGAGAUCGACCCGACGCUGGCUAGCACACUGGGACUGGAGGAGGGCCAGAAGGUCAUGGCAACGAUUCACACCGACCCACCACUGGCGCAUACAGUCAACAUCGAGCCUCUGACGCCGGAGGAUUGGGAGAUAAUCGAGCUGCAUGCGACAUUCCUCGAGCUCAACCUUCUUUCCCAGAUGCGGGCCCUGCCGAACCCAGCCUACGCUCCAGCUCCUGGAACGGUCGUGGGUCCCCAUCCACUAACUCUUCACCUUUCGCCGACUUCAACGGCGAAUAUAAAGAUCUUGUCUCUCGACCCACCACAACCCUCAGAUGUACCAUUUGCCAAGAUUGCGCCGGAUGCCGAGGUGAUCGUUGCGCCAAAGGUUAAACCGAAGUCCUCCAGAGGAACCAGAGAGAAUCGGAGUGUUGCCAGCACGUCGAGAAAAAGCGGAAAGAGCUCCACAAGCACUGUUAGGAGGCGGAGCCAACGCGAGGAUCGCAAGCCUGCCUUAUUCCUGAGGGGCGUCGAUCGAAAACUUUGUGAUGACUGGUUCGACGACGGGGCUGGGACCGAAGAACUAAGUAUCUGGGUCGACCGAGAGCUGCUGGUUUCAAAUGAGUUGAGGGGUUUGAAAUGGGCCGCGGUGAAUGUCAUGAGACCAGCAGGUCUCCAAGAGCCCGGACCCGUGCAUGGACAACAGCCCGAUGGCCAGACGUCUGCUGAAUCGUUGAAGCCAGGACGCAAGAUCGUGGCCCAGCUGUUACCGUGGGACGAUCCUCCGAAUGGGCAAACAGCAGCGUUGUCUACUCUCUUAUGCUCAGCAUUCGGAAGCGAGGGCCUUGUGGGAGGAGUCGUCAAGAUCGAGCCUGCUACACCGCCUCUGGCAAAGAAGUCGAUCCUGAAGUCGGAUGGGGACGAAGAUCGACCAUCAGUGCAACACCUGAAGCUUUUCCCAUUCAUCUCAGACGGUAGUGCAGCACAAACUUCUGGUCUCAAGUUUGGCGGGGAGUCAAAAUCAGAACGUGAAGAGACAGUCAAGAAAAUCAAGCAUAUCUACAGUGGGAAGUCAGGUAAAGGCUUAUUCGACGGGCCGUUGACGGACGGUUUGGUCUUGGGGACCUAUGAAGGCCUCGACCAACCUUCGAAUUGGACAGGUGGAGUCAUCAAGUUUCAUCCUGCGUCUGCAUCGCAAAGCUCGACCAAAGACAGUCUUCAUUGGGUACUUGGGUCGGACUGGCAAUUACCCAUCGAGGUGCAGCCCCCCAUUGCUCGCCCCUCUUCGCUGUCCGCAUCAGAUAUCAGCACCAACCUGGGAGUUGAAAACCCCCUGGUGGGCAUCGACUCACUGCUUCAAGAACUUCAGUCGCACCUCUCGCAGUUGUCUUCGGUGCUUUUGACUGGGGCACUGGGCUCAGGAAAGACAUCUGUGGCGCAGUCAGUAGCGAGAUUCCUUCGAAAGGAUCAACUGGUUCACACAACAUACUUCUCGUGCAGGACGCUCGUGAACGACGAGAGUAGGGUGAGCACAAUUAGAGAGACACUCAACCGGCUUUUCCUGACUGCGAGUUGGGGCGCUCGAUUGGGGGGCAAGGCUCUUGUCAUCUUGGAUGACUUAGAUCGGCUCUGUCCAGUCGAGACCGAACUGCAAGUCGGCAACGAAAACGGCCGCAGCAGACACAUCAGCGAGGCCAUCUGCUCGAUCGUCCAUCAAUACUGUGGUCAAGACAGCAACGUGGCCUUAUUAGCUACUGCACAAGGAAAAGAAUCUCUUCACAACGUCCUUGUCGGUGGCCACCUGGUGCGCGAGAUCGUGCCGCUCAGAGCACCGGAUAAGCCUGCUCGGCGGACCAUCAUGGAGGCUAUCACCCUACAAAACGCCGUGCUUGAGCAAGAGGAUAGCCUCUCCACCCACGAUGGUAGCCGGCCGACAACAGCUGACGGUAGUGCCACUGGCGAUGAGAAUGCUUGGAUGGAUGGAGCCAGUCCGAGGCCUAGGGCUGAAGUCCUUGCCAAGCCCAGCGGAUUUGUCCUCCAAGCCGACUUAGAUCUUCUUGACAUCGCAGGAGAAACUGACGGAUAUAUGCCAGGCGACCUAAGCCUGCUCGUCUCGAGAGCCCGUAACGAGGCCAUCAUGCGUUCAUUAAUCGAGACAUCGAGUGACACCGAUAUCAGGGGUGUCCCGCUUGGACGAGUCGACUUUGAGAAUGCCUUGAAAGGAUUCACUCCGGCCUCGCUACGAAACGUCACUCUGCAGAGCUCAACCACUACCUUUGAUUCCAUCGGCGGGUUGACAGAGACUCGCCAAGUACUGUUGGAGACCCUCCAAUACCCAACCAAGUACGCGCCCAUCUUCGCGCAGUGCCCUCUCCGGCUUCGUUCUGGCAUUUUGCUCUACGGCUACCCAGGUUGCGGUAAGACGCUCCUAGCCAGCGCCGUCGCGGGUGAGUGUGGCCUCAACUUCAUCUCUGUCAAGGGACCCGAGAUUCUCAACAAGUACAUUGGUGCGUCGGAGAAGAGCGUACGAGACCUCUUCGAGCGUGCUCAGGCUGCCAAACCCUGCGUGCUCUUCUUUGACGAGUUUGACUCGAUUGCGCCAAAGCGUGGUCACGACUCGACCGGCGUGACGGACCGCGUAGUCAACCAGCUGUUGACACUGAUGGACGGCGCCGAGGGUCUGUCUGGUGUAUAUGUGCUGGCUGCUACCUCUCGACCUGAUCUUAUUGAUCCUGCUCUGCUGCGGCCUGGUCGAUUGGACAAGUCGAUCCUUUGUGAUUUCCCAAAUCUCGAGGAGAGGGUGGAUAUCAUCCGGGCGAUCGGUCGAAAGGCUAAGCUGAGCGAGGCGGUGCUCCAGUCCGACGAGGACCUUGUAGAGAUUGCCAAGCGCACCGAUGGCUUUUCCGGUGCAGAUCUGCAGGCUCUGGUUUCCAAUGCUCAGCUGGAGGCUAUCCAGGACGUACUCAAGGAGACGGAUCAUGUUGGUGGGGGUGCUGGUAGUACCCGUCGGCCUGGACAGAAAUCCGGUGCAGGCAAGACCACCGGACCAUCCGCCCACAAUUUUGUGCAGUUCCGCUACGGCGAGGAUGGCGCCGGCGAAGACCAAGCUCAACGAGGAUCGAACCGGUCCUCUGAGCUGGCGCAGCAGGCCAUGAUCGCCGCCAAGCUGGAGAGUAUCCGGCUCUCGCGCAAGAGGGCGAAGCAGCAACGGGGUGGUGUUAGUGCUCCCACUGAUUCUGACGAAGCAAAGGUCAAUGGAAAAGAUAGCCAACAGAAGGAGGUCGGGAUCCAGUGGCGGCAUCUGGUCAAGGCGCUCGGCGGCACGAGAACGAGUAUCAGCCGCGAACAGCGGGCGCUACUGCAGAGGAUUUAUCGGGAAUUCGUGGUUGGGCGCAGUGGCGAGAUGAGAGAUGGUCAGGCGAGCAUGGAAAUUGGCGGGAGAAGCAGUCUGAUGUGA